AUGGACAGCAGACUUGAGAAGAUUAAAGCACAGGUUGAGUUUUACUUUAGCGAUGCGAAUUUCAGGGUGGACAAGUUUCUUAGGGAGCAGGCGAUGGCGAGCGAAGGAUACGUGAGCAUUGCGACGAUAGCGUCGUUUAACAGGCUGAGGAAUUUGAAUGCCACGGUUGAGGAGAUCAAGCAGUCGCUGGAGGGAAGCAAUGUUGUUGAGCUGAAGGACGACAAGGUAAAGAAGAUUGAGACGGAGGAGUAUUUGUCGUAUGUUGCUGAUGGAUGCAUUGAAAAGAGGGUUGUCUAUGCUGAGGGGUUUGAUAAGGAAAGCAGUCUUGAAGAUAUUGAGCAGAUACUGAGUGAGCAUGUGGAGCCUGCGCUUAUAAGGAUGAGGCGUGAUAAGGAGAAGGUGUUUAAUGGAAGCGUGUUUGUGGAGUUGAAGUCUGAGGCAGAUGCAGAGAAGCUAGUUCGAGCCAAGAUACUGGUUGGAGGCAAGGCAGAGAAUGGAGAUGAUGAAGAGUGCGUGAAGAAGCAGAAGAGCGAGGAGAAGUAUUUGAAUAUAAUAAAGAAGGAGGAUUAUAUGAAGGAGAAGGCAAGGAUGACUGCAGAGAAGAAGGAACAGGUGGCAAGAGAGGCGCUUGAGAAAGACUUUGUGCCAAGGCUGUUUAAGUAUGAAUCAAGCGAGGAACUGGAUGUGAAGGCGAUAAGGAAGAUCGUUAAGAACACAGCAUUUAUUGAUGUGAAUGAAAAGGUGAUACGGAUGAAGUAUAUUGAGGAAUUCAAAGAGAAGAAGUUUGAGGAGGAGGGAAAGGAAGUGACGCUGAUAAAGAUGGAUGAGGACAAGGCUCUUGAGUAUUGCAAGAAGAUCAAGAUAGUGCCGAAGGAAGAUAAGAAGCCGAUCAAGAAAUAA